AAAAUAAAUCUCCGUGCAUCAAACAGUCCUAAAUAAAAAAACAUAAAAAAUAAAGAAAAGAAAAAGAAAAAGAAAAAGAAAAAGAAAACCUGGCUAUCUUUCGGACAAAAGUCAAGUUUCUCUAGUAAUACAGAGAGAGAGAGAAAAAAGAGUGGAAAGUGGUGUUAGGGAAGAUGAUGGAUGAUGACAAGCUUGAAGACCUUAAGCAUUUUGUUCAUCUUUGCAAAAAUGAUCCUUCUAUUUUACUAAAACCUUCCCUUUCCUUUUUCAGGAACUUUCUCGAAAGCUUGGGUGCUCGAAUUCCUCCAUCACCAGUUAAAUCUGAAAAAGGUGAAGAGGAACAUCUUGAUGAAUUGGAUGAGGACAUCAUAGAGUCUGAUGUUGAGUUGGAUGACACUGAUACUGUGGAACCUGACAAUGAUCCUCCACAACAGAUGGGAGAUUCUUCAAGUGAAGUAACAGAUGAAAACCGAGAUGCUGCUCAAAUAUCAAAAGCUAAAGCUCUGGACGCAAUAUCUGAAGGCAAGCUUAAUGAAGCCAUAAAUUAUUUAACUGAAGCUAUUUUGCUGAAUCCAAGUUCUGCAAUAUUAUAUGCAACAAGAGCUAACGUCUUUGUUAAGCUGAAAAAACCCAAUGCUGCGAUCCGUGAUGCUGAUGCUGCUUUAAAGGUCAACCCUGACUCAGCAAAAGGAUACAAAGUGAGGGGUAUGGCUAGAGCAAUGUUGGGCUUAUGGAAAGAGGCGGCCAGCGAUCUUCGUUUGGCAUCCAUGAUUGAUUUUGAUGAGGAGAUCGCCGAGACACUUAAAAAGGUUGAACCUAAUGCUCACAAAAUUGAAGAGCACUGCCGAAAGUACCGACGACUGCGAGAAGAGAAGCGGUUGAGGAAAAUCGAGCAUGACAGGAAGCGGCGUCAGGCAGAAGCAAAGGCAGCUUAUGAAAAGAGUAAAAAGAAAGAACAGCAAUCUGAACAUGAAGCUUCUGAUCCUGAUUCUGCUUCUGACUCAAAUGAAGGAAAAAUUGUUGGUAUCCAUUCUGUGAGUGAACUAGAGACAAAGUUAAAUGCUGCUUCAGCAGCAUCACGUCUGGCUAUCCUUUACUUUACUGCAACAUGGUGUGGACCAUGUCGUUUUAUAUCUCCAUUUUAUACAAGCCUGCCCGGAAAGUAUCCAAAAGUUGCAUUUCUAAAGGCUGACAUUGACGAGGCAAGAGAUGUGGCUUCAAGAUGGAAUGUCAGCAGUGUUCCAGCUUUCUUUUUCAUAAAAGACGGCAAGGAGGUUGACAGGGUUGUUGGUGCUGACAAGAAUUCGCUGGAAAAGAAGAUAGCCCAGUAUGCAGGCUAACUUGAUCGAUAUUGAUGGAAUUAGAGCAUUACGUGCUCUUAGGAAAUAGUCGAUCAUGUGGCUUAUUUUGUGACUGAAAUGACUUAAAGUUUGUUGAAACAAAAGGCACAGUUCCUUAAAAAGUAUACUGUUGUCAAAGAUUCAUCUUUUGCAACUUGAUUCAGGAAGACUCCUGUAGUUUCUUUUGAUGAAUGUAAGCAGUUAUAUUUGAAUA